UCUACGUUAGGUUCCAUGUUUAUAUAGUAUGUUGCUUCGAUAUUAUUAUCGAUGUAUUAUAAUAUUAUUUCUAGAAGCCAGUGGUGUGAAAUCAUAUAAUUGACAAUUCAAUGUGAAAUCGUGCAAUAGUUGGAGUUGUACAAAUUAUUUUUUUGAGUUGAAUAUUACACGAAAAUUAUACGUAUGGUUUUUGAAUUCUGUCCUAUGGAACAGGAAUUGGAGCGUGUAUAAGCAUAUACAAAAUUCCACAAAGCAUGGUAUCGAAUAAGAGUAAAUAUAUCUAGUGGCUACAUUUAGUUUACAAAAUUACAGCGAUUUAUAAUAGAAUAAAAUGUUCGUUAUAAAAAUAUUGACUUCGAUAUUCAUCAAAUGGUUGUGUUUAUGAACGCUCACUAUCAAAACACUCGAACAGCUUGAGCAUUAUUCCUUAUUUCAUGUUUGAGGUUUGAUCAUGAUUUCAAUUCCCUCAAUACCCUGUCGUGUAUGUAUGUACGACUCUUAGUGUAGAGCUCUUAACGCUGAACACGUGGUUAUUAAAAGUGAAGUCUGCCGACAGAAUUAUUAUUCAUCACUUGAAAGGUUGAUGACUAUAAUCUGCAAUUAAGUGAUUGUUUUUAAGAAGAAAUUAAAUAUUUUUAUCAAUUGAAAUCAAGGAAAUUGUGUUCAGAAUUUGAUAUAGUGAAACUCGCUGGAUUACUUUUGUAGGAAUUAUUUAUUUAUCCCAUAAUGAUGACAAAUCAAGUAAAAAAUUGUUACACUAGUUGCUGUUGCAAUAGAUUACCUCAUACAGCCGACUGGGGAAAGAAUGAGUUGAUAUGUUUUGCAUCUUAUCAUUCAGUUGUAGUAUAUGAUCCAAAAUUAAACAAUUACGGAUUAAUUUUAUCCACCUUACAUGGGCACAGUGAUAGAGUAAAUAGUGUAUUUUGGAUAAAGACUGCUCCAGGUAGAUCAGAAAAUGAAAUUGUGUCCGCAUCUUCAGAUGGGACGGCUAUUAUUUGGACUUUUACCAAUAAGGAGUGUACAUUGUACACAAAUAAAGUUCUGAAAAUGAAUCAAUCCAUCAGUUAUUGUGAUGCUAUUUAUCUUUCACCAUCAAAUUGUGAUAAAUUAAUUGUAACAUAUUCUAUAAAUGGCAACUUAUAUGUAUGGUUACAAAAAAGUAAUAAUGAAGCUGUUAUAAUUCAAAAGAUAACAUUUCAAAAGGCUAUAUUAACAGAGUUAAAAUUGACCCUUUUGCCAAAUAAAACAAAAGAUUAUGUGAUGCCUCUGCUGCUGGCAGCAACAGAUGAAUGCUCAAUAUCUUUAUAUUCAACUGAAUUAAACAUCAGCCAAAAAUCAAGCAAUAAAAUAUUCCAUGGGUUCCAGAAAAUUGAAACUCUUAGCGGAUACAAAUGCUGGAUUACUAGCAUUGAUACUAUUUACUUGGAUGUAAAUACUUUGAUGGUAGCAAGUGGUUUACAAAAUGGGAUGAUUUAUGUGUGGAAAAUUGAACUCAAUGAACAUGAAUCUCUCGUGUCAAAUGGUGUGAAAUUAAAAAAGCAGCAGUUUUUCUUAGCAAAACAAAAGUAUGAGAUAACUUUGGAUAGUAUACUAUCUGGCCAUGAUGCUUCAGUAAAUGGUUUACAGUGGAAUCAUGGAGUGGAUUUUAAUUCAACAUCAGAAAAAACAUUAAAAUUGCUUUCAUGUUCUCAAGACAAAACAGCUAUUAUUUGGAAAGAAAAUAAAGAAUGCAAAAUAUGGUCAGAUAUAGCAAGACUUGGAAACAUUAGUGAUAAUUCAUCAGAAUAUUAUUGUUGUAGAAUGAAAUAUGAUGGAAAAUCUAUUCUAAUUACUGAUUAUUAUGGGCAAUUGCAUUUAUGGGAAUACGAACCUGACUUGAAUGUAUGGAGACCUCGAGUAGCACCAGGUGGACACUUCAGCAAUGUCGUGGAUCUCUGUUGGGAACCAGAUGGAAGAUAUCUUAUAACAACAAGUUUAGACCAAACCACACGAAUUCAUGCCCCUUGGAAAUUAGAUAAUGGCGAAUAUUCUUGGCAUCAAAUUAGUAGACCACAAAUUCAUGGUUACGGUUUAACUAGUUUGGCUAUUUUAGGUGCAUUCAAAUUUGCUUCGGGUGCAGAAGAAAAAGUGAUUCGUGUUUUUGAGGCUCCUGAGGUUUUCAAAGAUUUUUUUAGAAAUUCAAAUAGUUUUCUACAAGGAUCGGUAGCUUCAACCUUGCCAGUAUUAGGUUUAACAAAUAAAGCUAUAAUUCAGAGUGAACCACAAGUAGAGUCAAAUUUAUUGAGAUUGAAUGAAAGAUUUGAUGAAGUAACUAAUUUCAAUGUCCCACCUUCAGAAGGUGUACUAGCUCAAUUUACUUUAUGGCCAGAAGUGCAAAAAUUAUAUGGACAUAAUUAUGAAAUAUUUGCAAUGGCUACUAGUAACAAUAAAAAAUUAUUAGCGACAUCUGCUAAAACAAAAUUAUCAAAGGAACAUUCAGCAAUAAUACUGUGGGAUACAUGUACAUGGUCACAACAUCAAAAGUUAAGUUCCCAUGAACUUACUGUCACUCAAAUUGCAUUUUCUCCAGAUGAUCAAUCUAUAGUUUCUGUUUCUCGAGAUAGGAGAUGGUCACUUUUUUGCAAAGAAAAAGAUAAGGAUACUUAUACACUACAAAAGAUUUCUAAUAACAAUUUUCACACACGAAUUGUCUGGUGCUGUGCUUGGACACAUGAUUCAGCUUAUUUUGCUACUGGUUCCAGAGAUGCUCAAGUUGGUAUUUGGGAUAAAAAUUCUAAAGAAUUCGAAAAUUGCUUACCAGUAGCAAAAUUAAAGUUUUCUAAGGAAGAUUCUAUAAGAGCGAUAGCUUUUAGUCAUACUUCAUUGCCACUUGAAUAUAUUUUAGCAAUUGGUUUCGAAAAUGGAAUUAUUGAUUUGCGAAAAUUAAUAAGAUCAAAAAACACGUAUGAGUGGAUUCCAAUUACUAUUUUAAGUCAAUCAAUAGCUCAUCAUCUUGCUAUAAGAAGACUUUCUUUUCGACCAAAUUUUACGAAAGAAAAAAAAUUACAAUUAGCAAGUUGUGGAGAUGACACUAUGGUAAAAAUUUUCGAUAUAUAUUUGGAAUGAUAAUGCUAUGUAGCAAACAUUUUUUAAUUUUUAUCAUUUUUUGAUUUUGAUCACUUUAACAGUGAUUUUGUACGUAAUAUUUGUAAUAUUAAGUAACUUAUAAUAAUGUGUAUGUCAAGAAUAAAGUGAAUUUCUAUUUCUAUGAACAAUUCGAAAC